AUGGGGCCUGACCGGAAACAGGUGCCCCUGAGCCGAGGAACCUCAGGGGCUGUGGGUAGGGGAAGGGGUGUCUGCUUCAUUCACAGGGGAGCCCUGGGAGACGGCAGCAGGAUGGGCGGGCGGCCCUCGAGUCCCCUGGACAAGCGGCAGCAGCAGCACCUGAGAGAUCAAGUGGACGCCCUGUUAAGGAACUUCCUGCCAUGCUACCGCGGGCAGCUGGCAGCCUCGGUCCUGCAGCAGAUCUCCCGCGAGCUGGGCCCCCGGGAGCCGGCUGAAUGCCAGCUCGUGCGCAGUAAGAAGCUACCCCGAGUCCGCGAGCACCGAGGGCCCCUGACCCAGCUGCGGGGCCACCCGCCCCGGUGGCAGCCAAUCUUCGGUGUUCUGCGUGGGGAUGGCCGGCUGGAGUGGUUCAGCCACAAGGAGGAAUAUGAAAAUGGGGGCCAUCCCCUUGGCUCCACAGCCCUGACAGGGUACACCCUCCUGACUUCCCAGCGAGAAUAUCUCUGCCUUUUGGACGCUCUCUGCCCAGCCUCCUCAGGAGACCAUACACAAGAAGAGCCUGAGGACCUCUUAGAAGUGCCCGUGAGCUUCCCGCUGUUCCUGCAACAUCCCUUCCGCCAGCACCUCUGUUUCUCUGCAGCCACAGGGGGUGCACAGCGUGCCUGGAGGCUAGCCCUGCAGGGUGGCAUCCGACUUCGGGGCACAGUCCUGCAGCGAAGCCAGGCCCCCGCUGCUCGGGCCUUCCUGGAAGCGGUCCGACUCUACCGGCAGCACCAAGACCACUUUGGCGACGACGACGUGACCCUGGGCUCGGACGCCGAGGUGCUGACCACGGUGCUGAUGCGGGAGCUGCUGCCGGCGCUUCGAGCCCAGACGCUGCCCAGCCUGCGGGGCACCGGCCGCGCCCGGGCCUGGGUCUGGACCGAGCUCCUGGACGCCGUCCACAGUGCCGUCCUGGCGGGGAUUUCCUCGGGGCUCCGCUCCUUCCAGCCCGAAAAGGACGAGCUGCUUGCGUCUUUGGAGAGGACGAUGCGCCCAGACGCGGACCAGAUGCUGCGACUGCGGACGCGCGUGGCGGGGAGGCUGCGGGCGGACGUGCAGGGCCCACUCGAGUCAUGCCUGCGCCGGGAGGUGGACACGCAGCUGCCCCGCGUCACGCAAAUGCUGCUGAGCACCGUGGAAGCCACGAUCAAAGGCGUGCGGACCCUCCUAGCCCAGGGCAUGGACCGUCUGUCUCGCCACCUGCGCGGGAACCCCUCUGGCGCGCGGCUGCGCAGUGAGGUUUACUCGUUUGGGGAGAUGCCGUGGGACCCGGAACUGAUGCACACGUGCUACCGUGAGGCCGAGCGGAGCCGGGGCCGCCUGGGACAGCUGGUGGCACCAUUUGGCUUCCUGGGGAUGCAGAGCCUGGUGUUUGGGGCCCAGGAUCUUGCACAGCAGCUCAUGGCUGAUGCCGUGGCCACCUUCCUGCAGCUGGCUGACCAGUGUCUGACCACGGCCCUGGACUGUGACCAGGCUGCCCAGCAGCUGGAGAAAGUCAGGGGGCGCGUGCUGAAGAAGUUCGAUUCGGACGGCGGGUCAGCGCAGAGGAGGCUCGUCCGGGGCUGGCUGCUGCGUGUCUUCUCGCCCUUCAUGCUGAGCCGGCUGGGGCCAGGCUGCACAGCGGUGCUGUCUGAAUUCAAGCGGGACUUACUUGCCGUGGGCAGCCAGGCCCUGACCAUUGAAGGCAUCUACGAGGAUGUCAUCCGGGGGGGAUUGCUGCAGAGGAUUGACCGAGAAUUGAAAAAGGCCGUCGGUGCCGCUGACAUACCCUGCACUCUGGAUGGCUGCUCGGAAGCCCCAUGGGACCAGGAGGGAGCAGUCAAUCUUCACUUGGUGUCAAGUUUCUUAGCUGAGAGAGAAGCAUUUAGGGACUGUUCCAUCAAACACGGAAGCAACGGAGUUGCAGUUGCUAGGAAGGAAUGAUCUAGAGUGCCAUGUAGAUAUUCCCCAUGGAGGGGAUUGGCCACGUCAGAGCUGAACAGAAGAAGACUGAAAUACACACGUCUUGGAGCUUUUGAAGAUGCUGGCUAGAGCACCCCCAUUUGGCCUUGGUUUGGAGCUUCUGCAGGAGGGGAGGAGAGAAGACCUGUGUACCCCAAAAAGCUUCCAACAGUGAAGGACGCAUUUGGGUGCUUGACGAGAACAUCAACCUGAGAGAGGCCCCGAGAAUGUCUUUUUAGUCGGCGAUCAUGGAGUUUUAUGGAGUUCCAGGAUCCAACUCUUGGAGCACAUCACCAGCUCCAUCCAGAACGACACUGGAUUUUGGUGGGGCGGUCCAAGUCCGGGACCCAUCCUGUCCCCAGGCCAGCAUCAGAUUGGAAAUCUGACCUUUUCAUUUCUCUUCUAGGCAAACCUCUCUCUUUGCUCUUCUCCCUUUCUCUCUUAGUUCCUAUUUCUCUGUUUCCUCUGCUCUUUCCUAUUCCGCUGGCAAAAGAAUGGCAAAGGUAAAUCAGGUAAAAAAUACGAGUAUAAAAGCAUAGCUUGGUUCUUACA